UUCGUUAGUUUUCGAAAAGAAAUAGUGAAGCAAAAUGUCGGACUCUGCAGUGGCAACAUCCGCGUCCCCAGUGGCUGCCCCACCAGCGCCAGUUGAGAAGAAGGUGGCCGCCAAAAAGGCAUCUGGAUCAGGAGCUACAAAGGCAAAGAAGGCUGCAGUCCCGCCAUCACAUCCGCCAACUCAGCAAAUGGUGGACGCUUCCAUCAAGAACUUGAAGGAACGUGGGGGCUCAUCGCUUCUGGCAAUCAAGAAAUAUAUCACUGCCACCUACAAAUGCGACGCCCAAAAACUGGCUCCAUUCAUCAAGAAGUACUUGAAGUCUGCAGUGGCCAAUGGAAAGCUGAUCCAAACAAAGGGAAAGGGUGCUUCUGGUUCCUUCAAACUGUCAGCCUCUGCCAAAAAGGAGCCCAAGCCAAAGGUUGCGGCUGCUGAGAAGAAGGUCAAAACCAAGAAGGUAGUCACCAAGAAAGCCGGGGCCACCGCAAAGAAAGCUGCCGGUGCUGCUGACAAGAAACCCAAGGCUAAGAAGGCCGUUGCCACCAAGAAGACUGCCGAGAAGAAGAAAACUGAGAAGGCAAAGGCCAAGGAUGCUAAGAAAACUGGAGUUGUAAAGGCAAAGCCAGCAGCAGCGAAAGCUAAGCCGGCCGCCGCAAAGCCAAAGGCAGCCAAGGCACCAAAGGCCAAGGCAGCAGCGUCCGCCAAGCCCAAGAAGGCAGUAAAGAAAGCAACUGCUCCAGCUACCGCUAAGAAGCCGAAGGCCAAGACUACGGCGUCCAAGAAGUAAAUUAAGAUAAUCUCUAUUAUCGCAAUUUUAGAUUUCGAAUUCUGAAAUUUGAAAUUAAUUUAAACAAGCCCUUUUCAGG